AUGGGCAGCCGUGUGCUUGUUGCUACGGCUAUUGGGCUAAGCGCGGGAAGGAGUGCGGAAGAGUUUGCAGACAAGAAAGAAACCGGCCUCAUCAGCGCUCAUUUUCCGGCUCAACCCCUCUUGACUGUGGUCGUUUUUCAAAACAAUGAAAUGACCUCCUUGCAGAUGGCAGCUUUCCAGGCACCAUAUCGCGCACCGGCCCAUAUUGAUCUGCUGAGGAUGGAACAUAUGUUAUUGGCAAAAUUGCAUGCUGCAGAGGAUCAUCUGCAUGCUAUGCGAGAAGAUCCUCCUUACUUUGCCAACACCCUUCUCAAUUGGGUGGAACACAGUUCUGAGCGCUACGCAAAGUUCAACAAGGCGGCUGGCCCCUCUAACAACAACGUUACGCUGCUCGAGACGUGGAACUAG